AUGAAGCAGUCAAAGGAGUUCUUGCUUACAAGUGAAAAUGGCUCCAACAACAAAAGACGACUUUUCGCCGACGCUUGCGAAUUCUUUGAGCAAUACUUUAGCAGUUCAGAGAAAGGCGGCCUAAAUUCUCAGGCGUUUUCAAGCCGACUAGACGAGGUGAGAGAGGAAAUAGAAAGAACAGGCACCUACACUCACCGAAUCGAUGAGCUCAUCUAUGGCUCAAAGACUGCCUGGCGCAACGCCUCCAGGUGCAUUGGCCGAAUCCAGUGGAAUAAGCUUCACGUCUUUGACGCGAGACACUGCACGACAGCUGUUGAACUCUUUGAAGCUAUUUGCAGACACAUUCAGUUUGCCACCAACGGUGGCAAUGUGAGAUCGGCAAUAACAAUUUUUCCCCAGCGGCUAGAAGGACGAGAAGACUAUCGAGUUUGGAACUCUCAGCUUAUCUCAUAUGCCGGUUAUGAGCAGUCCACAACUUUUCGUGGAGACCCAAUCAAUAUCGAGUUUACCAAGAUUUGCCAAAAACUUGGCUGGAAAGGAGCCGGCUCAAACUGGGACGUUCUGCCAAUUGUCAUUUCAGUGCCUGGUGAAGAUCCACAAGUGUUUUCACUUCCAGAAGAGCUUAUUUUGCGUGUAUCAAUUGUUCAUCCAAAACUAGAUUUCUUUGAGCGUCUUUCUCUGCAAUGGUACGCCCUGCCUGCAGUGGCAAACAUGAAGUUCGAGGUAGGCGGAAUUGAAUUUCCAGCCUGUCCAUUUUCCGGGUGGUACAUGGACACUGAGGUGGCGGUGCGUGAUUUGUCCGACCAGCAACGACUGAACAUUUUGCCAGAGGUCGCGCGGGAGAUGGGUCUGGACACUGCCUCCAAUGCCAGCCUGUGGAAGGAUCGAGCAGCUCUGGAGGUAAACACCGCCGUCCUCUACAGCUUCCAGCGAGCAAACGUCACCAUCGUCGAUCACUUCACCGCCUCUGAGAGCUUCAUGAAGCACCUGGAGAAUGAGAAUCGCCUUCGAGGUGGCUGUCCCGCCGACUGGGUGUGGAUUGUGCCGCCCAUUUCAGGCGCCUUGACCUCCGUCUACCACCAGGAAAUGCUCAACUACCACCUUUCUCCAGCCUUUCUCUACCAGGAGGUGCCCUGGAAGACGCACAUCUGGAAAGGCGUCAAUCGGCUAAUGAGCGAACGAAAAGAUGACCAGGUGAAGGUGAGCUUCCAAAUGGCCGCUCUGAUGGUGCAGUUCAUGGUUGGCUUGUAUGCGAGAGCACUAUCAUCACGACCAAGGUGCACCAUUCUGUUUGCCACAGAGACGGGUAAAUCUGAAUCCUUUGCAAAUCGCUUGAGCGGCCUCUUUUCCAGCGCAUUCAACGUGUCCGUUUGCGCAAUGGACGCUUAUGAACCAGCUAAUNAGUGCACCAUUCUGUUUGCCACAGAGACGGGUAAAUCUGAAUCCUUCGCAAAUCGCUUGAGCGGCCUCUUUUCCAGCUCAUUCAACGUGUCUGUUUGCGCAAUGGACGCUUAUGAACCAGCUAAUCGUCUACCGAAUGAGCAGCUGUUGUUGCUGGUCACGAGCACAUUUGGCAAUGGUGACGCGCCUGAGAAUGGCGAGGCUUUCUGGAAGUACUUGAGUGCUCUCAAAGCAACAGCAAAAGGUAAACAACAACAACAGCAGCAAAAGCCAUUUACUGGAGCUUACGCGGUUUUCGCACUUGGCUCAAAUGCGUACCCACAUUUUUGCGCUUUUGGUCGUCACUUGGAUGAAAUGCUUGACUCGCUGGGCGGACAAAGGGUGUUACCCUGUGGAACUGGUGAUGAACUGGCCGGCCAAGAAACGUCUUUUCAAGAGUGGGCCAAUGAUGCCUUUACUGGCGCUUGCAAGCAGUUCAACCUGAAAACGCCUACAUCUGACGCCAUUCCGCAGAUGUUGCAGCAGUCAAAGUGGUCAGCAAGCAGUGUUCGACUGGAAGCUGUUCAAGAUGAACCCGAAGUGGAUGCUGAUGAACGAUCAAAGCGAGUCGCCUCUACGCUAAGUCGUCUGGCACACAACAAGACAGUUGUCAACUGGCGCCUAGCAUCGCGAGAAUACCUGGUCGAAACGACGAACCCCUUCUCCGCUCCUGAUCACAAUCCAAAGACAAUCAAAGUGGUGCUGAGCCGUGACACUCCAGUCGACUACCAACCAGGCGACCACUUGGCUGUUUACCCGCAAAAUGACCCAAAAAUUGUCAGCGGUAUCAUUCAACGGCUGUCAAGUAGUGCCCACGAUCCGAUGCAAAAACUAGUUGUCAAGGUCACAACCGAUGGUGGGCAAAGUUGGACAGUCCACGAGAAGCUCAAUCGUCCGGUGAGUCUUCGUGAGGCGCUUGUUCGCUACCUGGACGUCGGUUCCCCGCCUACACAGCACCUACUGCAACUGCUCUCUGAAAGUGAAGGGCUCACAGAGGCGGACAGGGGACGACUGCUGCAGCUGGCCACUUCCGACGAAGAGUACGAGCAAUGGAAGGCAGAGAGGGCCCCUGGCUUGCUGACUCUGCUCGCUGAGUGUCCNGUCCACGAAAAGCUCAAUUGUCCAGUGAGUCUUCGCGAGGCGCUUGUUCGCUACCUGGACGUCGGCUCGCCGCCUACACAGCACCUACUGCAGCUGCUCUCUGAAAGUGAAGGGCUCACAGAGGCGGACAAGGGACGACUGCUGCAGCUGGCCACUUCAGACGAAAAGUACGAGCAGUGGAAGGCAGAGAGGGCCCCUGGCUUGCUGACUCUGCUCGCUGAGUGUCCCUCCCUGGUGCCGCCGCUGGAGCUCAUCUUCACUCAGCUGCCCGCUCUGCAGCCUCGAUACUACUCGGUGUCCUCCUCACCGCUGAGCAGCCCCAACUCCGUCGAGUUGACGGUGGCAGUGCUGCGCUACCAGACGCCUGACGGGGCCGUCCACGACGGCGUCUGUUCGCACUUUUUGCACAGUAUUCCACUCGGGCGCAAUGUCUACGGCUUCAUCAGAGCGGCGCCCAACUUCCACCUGCCCGCAGAGCCAAGUGUGCCGAUGAUUUGGAUCGGCCCAGGCACGGGCAUUGCUCCGUUCCGAUCUUUCUGGAACCACCGGUUUGCUGAAAAGAAAAAUCGUUCUAAAAGUCAAAAACAACUUGGCAAUGUAAAGCUCUUUUUCGGUUGUCGUGACACAAAUACGCAACUCUAUCGACGUGAACUUGCCUGGAUGAUUGCCCAUAGGGUCAUCUCGGACUACUACGUGGCAUUCUCGCGACAAGAGGGCAGACCGAAAAAGUACGUUCAGCACAUUCUGCAAAACAAAUGGGUUGCCAAGGAGAUUUGCAAAAUGGUUCUCCAAGAAGGAGGCCACAUCUACGUCUGUGGGGAUGUGGCGAUGGCAGCAGAUGUUGAGGCAGUCUUGGCAAAAAUUCUGAGUUACGACAGUGCUGAUGAAGGUAGUGGUCGAGUUAUUGGAAUGCUUAAGGAAUCAAAUCGCUAUCACGAGGACAUUUUCGGAGUCACCAAAAGCGGAAUUGCACCAGCUCCAGUUGAAAAUGCAUCAACAAAAGUUGUAGUUGCACCACUUCGCUUCAAGGCAAAAGAAAACAACUACAGACCAAUAUUUAUUCCUUCGUUUUAG